CGCUCCUUCCCUGGCACCGCUGGGGCGUGCCGUCCACUCCAUCUGGUCGCUCGGGUGCUGUCCCCAACCCUCCACUCCUCGUAGAGGGUCUAGAACACCUCCGGGGACUUUGACACUGGGGUAUUGAGAGUGAGUCGGGACGCAGACGAGCACUCCUUCCGCCACCUCUAGGUUCACCCCCACGCGGUGACCCCAAGGUUUGCCAAUUUAGUAGCCAGACUAUUGGCGGAGUCGCCUCGGCGCGGUGGAAGCCGCUCAGGACAGGGGCGACCCGCGAUCGGGCGCAGGAGUCGGGCCAGCAGGAUCCUGCCGGUCACACUAGGGACUGCGCGCGGCGCCGAGGACGCCCCCCUCCAGCGGUCACUGCCCCGGCGGCAGCAGCUGCAGCAGCGGCAACUGCUCGCAUCCCGGGCCCGGCUCGGGUUACUCCCCUCCUCCUUCAGCAUCUCUGGCCAGACGGAGAAAACCUUACUUAAGUUUGCAACGAGUAGUUUCCCCGUGCGCAAAACUGGGGGUCUGGAAACGCGCAGAGACCCGCCUCCUUUCCCGUGCGUCUCCCUCUUUGAGCCUUAACCAAGACUUCCAAGUAUCGCUCUCUUCUGGGACGCUGCUUGGAGGCGAACUGCGCUGUUUGGAACAGAUUUUGCUUCUCCGCUGUCGUUGCGUGAAAACCAGGGGAAAAGGGUUGCACUGCGAAUCUCAGGAUCUCGGGUUCAGAGCUCCAGGAAGCAUACAGCACAUCUGGGCAGCCUUUCUGAGUGAUUCAAGGCUGUUCUUCAGAAACAAUGGUUAUUUCUUUGAACUCAUGCCUGGGCUUUAUCUGUAUACUGUUAUGCCCCUGGAUCAGGACGGCAUCAUCUCUGAACCUUGAAGACCCUAAUGUGUGUAGCCACUGGGAAAGCUACUCCGUGACUGUGCAAGAGUCAUACCCACAUCCCUUUGAUCAAAUUUACUACACUAGCUGCACUGACAUUCUGAACUGGUUUAAAUGCACGCGGCACAGAAUCAGUUAUCGGACAGCCUAUCGACAUGGAGAAAAAACUAUGUAUAGGCGCAAAUCCCAGUGUUGUCCUGGAUUUUAUGAGAGCAGGGAAAUGUGUGUCCCCCAUUGUGCUGAUAAAUGUGUCCAUGGUCGCUGCAUUGCUCCAAACACCUGUCAGUGUGAGCCUGGCUGGGGUGGGACCAACUGCUCCAGUGCCUGCGACGGUGAUCACUGGGGGCCUCACUGCAGCAGCCGGUGCCAGUGCAAAAACGGGGCUCUGUGCAACCCCAUCACAGGGGCUUGCCACUGUGCUGCAGGCUUCCGGGGCUGGCGCUGCGAGGAGCGCUGUGAGCAGGGCACGUAUGGUAACGACUGUCACCAGAGAUGCCAGUGCCAGAACGGAGCUACCUGCGAUCACGUCACGGGGGAGUGCCGCUGCCCACCUGGCUACACUGGAGCCUUCUGUGAGGAUCUUUGUCCCCCUGGCAAGCACGGGCCACAGUGUGAGCAGAGAUGCCCCUGCCAAAAUGGAGGUGUAUGUCAUCACGUCACUGGAGAAUGCUCGUGUCCUUCUGGCUGGCUGGGCACAGUGUGUGGUCAGCCUUGCCCCGAGGGUCGCUUUGGAAAGAACUGUUCACAAGAAUGUCAGUGCCAUAAUGGAGGGACGUGUGAUGCCACCACGGGCCAAUGUCACUGCAGUCCCGGAUACACGGGGGAACGGUGCCAGGAUGAGUGUCCCGUUGGCACCUACGGAGUUCGCUGUGCAGAGACCUGCCAAUGUGUCAAUGGAGGGAAGUGUUACCAUGUGAGCGGCUCCUGCCUCUGCGAAGCAGGCUUUGCUGGCGACCGCUGUGAGGCGCGCCUGUGUCCAGAAGGGCUCUACGGCAUCAAAUGUGACAAGUGGUGUCCCUGCCACCUGGACAACACUCAUAGCUGUCACCCCAUGUCUGGAGAGUGUGCCUGCAAGCCAGGCUGGUCAGGACUCUACUGUAAUGAGACAUGUUCUCCUGGAUUCUACGGGGAAGCUUGCCAACAGAUCUGCAGCUGCCAAAAUGGGGCUGACUGUGACAGUGUGACAGGAAAGUGCACCUGUGCCCCAGGAUUCAAAGGAAUUGACUGCUCUACCCCAUGCCCUCUGGGAACCUAUGGGAUAAAUUGUUCCUCUCUCUGCGGCUGUAAAAACGAUGCUGUCUGCUCUCCUGUGGAUGGGUCUUGUACUUGCAAAGCAGGCUGGCACGGGGUGGACUGCUCCAUCAGCUGUCCCAGUGGCACAUGGGGCUUUGGCUGUAACUUAACAUGCCAGUGCCUCAACGGCGGAGCCUGCAACACCCUGGAUGGGACCUGCACCUGUGCACCUGGAUGGCGCGGGGAGAAAUGUGAAUUUCCCUGCCAGGAUGGCACGUAUGGGCUGAACUGUGCCGAGCGCUGUGACUGCAGCCACGCGGAUGGCUGCCACCCCACCACGGGCCAUUGCCGCUGCCUCCCCGGAUGGUCAGGUAUCCACUGUGACAGCGUGUGCGCUGAGGGACGCUGGGGCCCCAACUGCUCCCUGCCCUGCUACUGUAAAAACGGGGCUUCGUGCUCCCCUGACGACGGCAUCUGCGAGUGUGCGCCAGGGUUCCGAGGCACCACUUGUCAGAGAAUCUGCUCCCCUGGUUUUUAUGGGCAUCGCUGCAGCCAGACGUGUCCACAGUGUGUGCACAGCAGUGGGCCCUGCCACCACAUCACAGGCCUGUGUGACUGCUUGCCUGGCUUCACAGGCGCCCUCUGCAAUGAAGUGUGUCCCAGUGGCAGAUUUGGGAAAAACUGUGCAGGAAUUUGCACCUGUACCAACAAUGGAACCUGUAACCCCAUUGACAGAUCUUGUCAGUGUUACCCAGGUUGGAUCGGCAGUGACUGCUCUCAACCUUGCCCACCUGCGCACUGGGGUCCCAACUGCAUCCACACAUGCAACUGCCACAACGGGGCCUUCUGCAGCGCCUACGACGGGGAAUGCAAAUGUACUCCGGGCUGGACGGGGCUCUACUGCACUCAGAGAUGUCCCCUGGGCUUCUAUGGAAAGGACUGCGCCUUGAUAUGCCGGUGUCAAAACGGAGCCGACUGCGACCACAUCUCCGGACAGUGUACUUGCCGCACCGGGUUCAUGGGGAAGCAGUGUGAGCAGAAGUGCCCUGCAGGAACAUAUGGCUAUGGCUGUCGCCAGAUAUGUGACUGUCUGAACAACUCCACCUGUGACCACAUCACCGGGACCUGUUACUGCAGCCCAGGAUGGAAGGGGGCACGAUGUGAUCAAGCUGGUGUUAUAAUAGUCGGAAAUCUGAACAGCUUAAGCAGAACCAGUACAGCUCUCCCCACUGAUUCCUACCAGAUCGGGGCCAUUGCGGGUAUCAUCAUUCUUGUCCUAGUUGUUCUGUUCCUCCUGGCGUUGUUCAUUAUUUAUAGACACAAGCAGAAGGGGAAGGAAUCGAGCAUGCCAGCAGUCACCUACACCCCCGCCAUGAGGGUCAUGAAUGCAGACUAUGCCAUUUCAGAAACCCUUCCUCACAGCAAUGGUGGAAAUGCUAACAGCCAUUACUUCACCAAUCCCAGUUACCACACACUCACCCAGUGUGCCACAUCCCCUCACGUCAACAACAGGGACAGGAUGACCAUCGCAAAGUCAAAAAACAAUCAGCUGUUUGUGAACCUGAAAAAUGUGAAUCCUGGGAAGAGGGGCCCUGUGGUGGACUACACAGGCACACUGCCUGCGGACUGGAAACACGGCGGCUACCUCAACGAGCUUGGUGCUUUUGGACUUGACAGAAGUUAUAUGGGAAAAUCCUUGAAAGACCUGGGAAAACAUUCUGAAUAUAAUUCAAGUAACUGCUCCCUAAGCAGUUCUGAAAACCCAUAUGCCACUAUUAAAGACCCACCCAUCCUUAUUCCCAAACACUCAGAGUGUGGUUAUGUGGAGAUGAAGUCACCGGCGCGGAGAGAUUCCCCAUAUGCAGAGAUCAAUAACUCAACUUCAGCCAACAAGAAUGUCUAUGAAGUUGUUAAUGUGUCCCUGGUUGUCACAGAACCUACAGUGAGUGUUGUCCAAGGAAUAUUCAGCAAUAAUGGGCAUCUCACCCAGGAUCCAUAUGACCUCCCAAAGAACAGUCACAUCCCUUGCCAUUAUGACCUGCUGCCAGUCCGAGACAGUUCCUCCUCCCCCAAGCAAGAGGAUGGCGGUGGCAGCAGCAGCAGCAGCAGCAGUGAAUGACACCAAAAGACCACUGGGUAGCCGCUGGAACCCUUUCCAGAACUACAGUUCGGUUCUUCUCCAUCCUCAAGUUUGCCACCCUAUGUGAAUGUUAAUCUGCUCAGUAGGCAAUUGUUGGACAUGAACCAGAAAGCUCAAAACUGAGGGUGACUGACUGUAGGUCCUUUUUGUACAGGUGGCUCAGAAGGAGACAGCAAUGUGAUUUCCCAUUCUUGCUAGUUUUAGAACUGCACCCAUGAAGCAAGGCUUAUUGUAAAAUCUUGGCUAAAAGCAUGACCGUGCAGGACUCUUACAGCGACAUGGGUUGCAGUGGACAUUGGUAUUGUUGCUUGAAAAAUUAAAAUUUAAAUGUUUUCUUUCUCAUUUGCAUUAUAGAGCUGUACCUAGGAUUGUGCGGUUUACCAUAAAAUUUGCUUCAUAAAAGUGUGAAUCACUCAACGUGUAGAAGAAAAAGGGCCAUCUUAUUGAGUCCUUACUGUUUAACUUCUUUCAGCUGGACUCGGAAUUGUAAGGAUAAUAUGAGCCCAGCAGGAAACAUUCUGCCAAGUGGCAUUACUGGAUAGACUCUGAAUAAACUCUAGAAGUGGAUAGCAAAUUUAAAUAUGAGAACUUUAGACUUCUUUUAGAAUGAGGAAGUGUACCAUUAGAAUUACUUUAGAAAUGCUAGAAUAAUUGCAGGAAUCAAUACGCAAAUGUGCCAGGCGGAAGUGCUUCUCCUCUCUAUUUGAUCCUUGGCCCACUUUAGAUACAUGACAUUAUUCUGAUUACUGUCCCCAUCAUACACAUUCACCACUUGAGAUCCAUAACAUAUCAAUAAUUAUUUCAUAAAUAUAGAAAUGAAAUAAUUUUAUUUUUGACAGAUUGGAUUGAAUGAGUGUAUAAUGAUUGGAAAAAGUUGUAAAUUUUAGGUGUAAGAUGAUGCUUAAGUUUUGUAAACCGUUAGUAAUACAGGCUGUAAUAUAGAAUUAGCAGAAAGUUUUGAUUAAUUUUUCCCUAGAAGUGACCGAAAUAUUUUUGUGCAUAUUUGAGAAAAGGGCACUUUCCUUUUAUUAAUUGUUGAUUUAGAGAAACUAUGCUUAAGCUGGUCUUUUGCAUUGCUAAUAUGACAUGUACCCCAUUUUUCAUCAGUUUGUAUUUCCAUUUUUAAGUUGUAUAUUCUAUGUUUUGUAGUGUUUGGAUUGUUAAUGAAAAAAUAUUAUAUGUUUAUUGUUUCUUGUGUUAUGGCUACUUUUGUUUUUGCUUGAGAAAAAUGCACUGUUCUUGUUUCUUUUGGAGGGAGGAGAUGAAAAUAUAUAAAUCAAA